CGCCCGACUGUUUAUACUUGUCCUGUGGCAGAAUGUCAACCACUGCGAGAUAAAGGAUGACAUUUCAGGAGCGCUUUAAGAUUUCAUGAUCCCUUUUCGCUGAAAAUCGCUUCAUUCAGUGACCAUUCGAAGCCUCUUCAAGGAGGUGAUUUAGUGCCGCUUCCAUUCGCUCUUUGGGACGGGCCUGAAAUGCCACAAGGAAAAAUUGAGCGGGAGCUCACACGCCACGAGCUGACGCGCAGCACGGUGAAUCGGUGGUGGCUGGAAAUGUGAUCUACGAGGACGGCAUGACCUCGGCAGCUCUCAGCACUAUUAAACAUUAAAGCCGGCUCCAGUGGGCAAUCAGCUGGGAUCGGCUCCAGCACCCUGUGACCCCACGCAGGAUCAGGCGGUUUCAGGGGGAGUGACAUCGAAGCCCUUUAUCUUCACAUUUGUGCCAGUGGUGCAGAAAUUACCAAUUAAAAGCAUAAUUUCUGAGGAAUGGCGAGCUGAGGCCCUGACGAGGAACAAGGAAAAGAUUGUGGCCGCGUCCCCCGAGAGGACAACACCGGAGACCAUGUCGGACGCCGAGACUUUCAAAGCGGAGAAAGUUUUUAUCAAGGACUCUGUGGAGGGAGGAGCAGGAAACGUAAGCCAAAUGCCUCAACUGAAGCGAGAUUAUGUGAGCGUCUCUCCAGCCGAAGCCUCUCCUCCAGUGAGAGCUCAGUCUGAAAAUACCCCCGACCACGCAGACGCCCGGACGGCCUCUAUGGAAACAGCUGUUGACAAACACGGGGGCAUUUCCCAGCGGCGGUGUCACGACGCUGCCGGGCGCGCCGAGGUUAGCCUGGGUUGCUUUCCAAAUCGAGCGUCCGUGUCGGAGGACAGGACGAGCCCCACGGACUCCGCAGACCUGUUCCCCACCCCCGCCUCCUCCAGAGAGUCCAUCCUGUCCGAGGGCUCGGACCGGGAGAGGAGCUGGUCUGCUGCGCCGCUUUCCUCCGCCGCCUCUCCCGUGUCGUUCAGCCACACCGUCUCUCCCUGCUCGUCUGUACGCUCGGGCGUCUUCUCUCCCGCCGUCAUCCAGAUCAAGAGGCACUGUCUCGCUCCUGGCUCCAGCUUGGUUAACAUCCCUCAGUCCUACUUCUCAUCCUGUGACAGCUUGUCCUCCGUCCAUCCGCAGUCCCCCCCUCCUCCACCCCGGCACCGGCCUCCCCUCACCCGGCUCUCCCUUCUCACUGCCAUCCUGAGGAAAGGUCGUCUCCCGGUCUUGUCCUCGGCUCUGCAGAGGCCUUACACCCCCUGCUGGCCUAUUAACCCCGUGACCCUGUCCUUCUGUAACGCCUGCUCAGCAGCCUCCAGUGUGGCCUCCAUUCCCCUGGAGUUCUCCUCUCGCUUCUCCUCGUCAGCGUCUAUUGAUAGUCAGAGCCAGGCUCACAGGUGCACCACGGCCCCCCCGGCAGCGCUGCCCGACGCGGCAUGUCCGCAAACUCAAGAAAAGACAUGCUCCGAGCAAAUUCGCCCAAGGAGCGCGCCCAAGUGGGAGCGGGUGACUUCCCCCACUCCGGGGAGGGGCAUCACGCUGCCGAGAGUCCCACUGCCUCUGUUCAGCUCCAAACUCCAAUCUGUUGCUCCUCCAAAGCGUGGCGGAUCGGACUGUGUUGCUUCCAAGAAAGUGUCAAAUCUAAAUCUCUCCAAUAACCCGUCCCCAGAGCUGAAGGCCAGCGGUGCUCACAUGUUUCCCAAGAGCCAUGCAGAAAAUCCCCUCAAAAAACUCAUCUCUUCUUCCCUUAGUAGUGGUAAUGAGCCGUACGCGGCCGUGGCCCAGAAAUUGAGUCGUCAACCGAAUUUGUCUCUUUCCAGACUUCACUCGCUCUCCCAGCGGCUCAGAUCUCCGCCUGUUUGCCCUCCGCACCUCCAGCAGUCUCACUCGUGCGCCACGAUUUUCCCCGCUCGGGCCGAGGCGGCGUGGCCUGCUCCUCCCGGACUGAACACCAUCAGAGGGUGUGAGUCGGAGAGGAGUCGCCUUAAUGCCAGGAGCGCCCCGCCACCCAGGGGUUCCAGCAAAACGCUCUGCCUGUCCCCUUCUCGCUACACGCCCAUUGUUUUUUCCGGAUGGCCGUCGCCCACCGGCACCCCCACGCCUACCAGCAUGCCCACCCCCACGCCCACGCCCACGCCUACACCCACGCCUUCUCCUGCACCACCCGCCCGAGACUUCUCCCCGUCUCCUUCUCUCUCCCUGCGCUCCACGCCCUCUCCGAGGCCGGGCAGCGGAAUAUCAAACUGCGGCGAAGGAGAGGGUAAAAAGAGAAAGACACACAAGAUUAAGUUAAGCUACAAAUCACUUGCUGCAAUUCCCACAAACACCCUUCUGCUGGAUCAGCAAGUGAUAGAUGAGCAGAUAGAAAGACAAGACAGUCGGUGUGACACGCUCGGCGGAGCCGUGGCGGACACCCAUGCUGAGAUGUGCUCACCUGCUCAGCUUCGGCAGCAGUCAGAGGAACUCUACGCUGUCAUUGAUGAAAUAUUGGCUAAUUCCAUUCCAGAUUCCUCCAGACCAUCGACAGUGAAAACAGGCAAACAGCAGAGCAGCUCUUUCCCAAAGUCCUUGGGGCGAGAAACCAAAUAUGCAUCUUUAUGCAGCUUGUACCCUUCCAGCAGUGAGAGGAAACUGAUGGACGCCAACAGGACAAAACCCGGGGUCAUUCGCCCGAUGACCGCCAUUCCAAGACUGACAGUGGAGGAUGACGACCUGCUGCAUCCAAACGGCUUCAGGCAGUCUGCUGUCAGCCAGACCUCAGCCGGCAGGAAGAAGAUGGUAAAUAUGAGUCCCGAGGAUGCAGGAACAGGCUUCCACUCAGGUUCAAGAAGCAGAAUGUGGGGAGAAGAGAGGAAGCCAGAUGGGAGGAGUCCGCCCUUCGUGUGUGACCUGCAGAUCACCGAGCCUGAGGAGGAUGUCAGCCACUCGGGGAAAGAUGCUCCAGGCUUGUUCAGUGCCGCUGAAAGACGUUUGGAAGCCUUUAAAGCACACAUUUGAAUCAUUAAAUGACUUUGAAGGGAGCGCUUCUCUAAACAGAUACAGUUAUUACUCUGAAUGAGAGCAUCUCAACAUGGAUGGUUACCAAAGUGUCUCACAGAGCUGUUACAAAGACACACAUUGUAAAUGGGACUCCUUCAUUACGUGAGCUCUCUGUUAAAAAAAAGCCCAUGUAGAUUCAAACUGAUCAAAGUAACCUUGAAAAAUCUGCAGUAUUAAGAUGAUUUUGACAGUAUGCUUUAAUUAUUGGUUAAAAAAAUGGCCAAUUCCUGCUUAACGAAUAUUCCUAGAUAAAAGAAAAAAAAAAAGCCUCCCCAAAGUCAGCCUUCCAGCUCUACAGGCUGGUCGCCACAUCAUUUUUUGAUGGCUGUCAUGGUUGGCAUCCCUGCCGUUGCACCAUAUUGACAAAGAGA